UCUCUCUCUUCUUUCUCCGUUUCUUCCCAUUUUACUUUUAUUUUUCCUGCUCAUAGAAUAGAAAUCUGAUUCGACUCGAGCACAUAACCUUUUCUCCUCUUCCCUUCCUCAUUUUUGCCCAUGGCUUCCUAUACUUGUUCUUUCUCUGCUCCUCUCUCUUUCCCACGCGCUGCUCAGCGCUCCGCUUUAUCUCCAUCUCCCUGUUACUGCCAUUUCAGGAGACCUACAGGAGGACUCCCAUUUCCCUCCCGUUUCCGCACCCUCCAGGGGCCUAGGGUUCCAACACCUCCUCCUCUCCCCCUCAAGAUUCUCUGUGCGCGUCUUUCCAGAGACCUGGUAACCAAAGAAUCCUGGGAAAAAUCGAUUCUGAAUAGUGAAGUCCCUGUCCUUGUUGAGUUUUAUGCAAGUUGGUGUGGCCCCUGCAGGAUGGUUCACCGGGUUAUCGAUGAAAUUUCAGCAGAUUAUGCUGGGAGACUUAAAUGCUUUGUGCUCAACACUGAUAAUGACUCGCAGGUUGCUGAAGACUAUGAAAUUAAGGCUGUACCCGUGGUUCUGCUCUUCAAGGAUGGGGAGAAACGUGACUCUGUGGUGGGUACCAUGCCAAAGGAGUUUUACGUUGCUGCUAUUGAGAGGCUCCUGGAAUCCUAAUUGUGGUUCAUUGCGUGGCUAGAAACCUGAAGUAAAGUUGAUUGAUUUUUCCUCACCCAUACACAAUCUUAAUAACUCAAAUCUUCCACGAGCAUCUCUACAUUGUUGUAUCUCGACGUUUGUUUUGCUGGAUGUUGGAGUAGUUCAUCGAUGUCAUGGUGAUGUCCACCUCUUUCGCCUUCCUCUUUUCUUGAAUUUUGAUCGAGGAAUUGGCUUGAACAAUGGAGACUGUUUUGUAGAUAUGUACGUCGGUUGUUCUUUUCGGUUUUGUAAAGCGGAAAAGUAUAUGUUUCUAUGCAAGGAUAGUAAUGGUUUGGAACUA